CGUUUAUCGAAAUUUAACCUCAUAUAAAAUUAAUAUAUAGGAAUUAAUGUCCAAUUACUAUGAUAUUGAUGAUAUUCUCAGUGAAAAUACAAAAAUACCGUCUAUUUUUCAAUAUACAGUUCCAGGAUUAGGAUAUAUAGAGGGGGGCCAUGAGCCAGAUAUAAAAGAGGGUACUAAUAUGGAUCUUCCUUUUUGGCUUGCAGAAAUGUUAGCUAUUAACAAUUUUAUUGAUAUUGAAUUACCAAGUGCAUUUUCGCCUAAGGUUAGAAAUGCGCUUAAGGCAUGUCCUCAAAAUGUAGAUUUGAGAAUGUUUUCUACACAUUAUUAUUUAUUUGGAGAAAAAAUAUUAAAUCUACUUUCUGAUAAUGAACUUGUUAAUAUUUUGAUUGAGACUUUUAAAUCGCGUAUAUGUUUUAUUGCAGAUCAUGCCCAUAAUCCUCAUGGAAUGCUUGAAGAAGGGACGGAAUUUCUGCGUAACUUGGAGGAUACCGAAAAAAUAUUCUUUCGUAUUAGUCAUGAUAGUGCUAAAGAUAUGAGAAAUUGGUUAGAAAAAUCAAAAAUUCACUAAUAAAAUACGAAAAAAAUGUAUAUUGUUCCAUCAAAAAAACAAAU